AUGCGUGGGGGAACCGCGGACACCAGUGCGUAUGCAACGCUCGCGUCCGCGCGGGGAGUCUCGGCUCUAGAGGCGGCAACCAUGUCUUUGUUUCGUCACUUGCGGUACCGCUGGGCGUUGCAAAACCGCGUUGAUCUCCAGAUAUCGCUAGAUGAGGGAUCGUUCAGGUCCCGAGACCCCAAGAAUCGGGCUAUCUACACGACGGGCGAUCAAAUCACGGGCUGUGCGGUGGUGCGCUCUCGGGUAACGUUUCCGCUUCCGUGCACGCUCCUGACAGUGAAGCUGGUGGCGCUGGUCUCGGUUGGGUAUGGCAUUUCUCAACGUGACUGGGAGGUGUUUUCGCGCACACUGAGCUUUAAACCGGAGUCCGUGAAGCUGGAGCCUCACGCGGCCGUUUCUUUGCCGUUCGCUUUCCGGUGCGCAGAACUCGUCCACGACACCUACGAGAGCACACGAGUUCGCUGCGUAUAUCGAGUGGUGUUGAGUUUUCACGGAUAUUCCGGUCUAUCUUCACGGAGUACUGGUGUGGAAGUUGUAGUUCGAUUAUCGCAGCGAGCCCCCAGGUUCUUCCCCGCCAUUCACUUCAACGCGGGUCUCGAAGAUAUUCUGAACCUGGAGCUACAGUUAGAUCGCCGAGCGUAUUCCAUUGAGGACGUCAUCGUUGGCUCACUCACUUUCCUAGACAACCAUAUCGCCAUUCGCCGAGCGGAUAUCGAGAUACGGCGGCAGGAAAGCGGUUUCUCGUUGCCGAUGCAAUCUGUGCUCGUGGGGAGUUUUCAGGUACUCGCUGGCUCACCGAAACCAGCCUGCAAGCUACCGAUCCGCAUCUUCUUGAGACAAUUCGAUGACCUUACACCAACCUAUGAAGAUGUUUGUGGUCUCUUCUCUGUCCAUUAUAUGCUGCGUGUCGUCGUUACGGAUAUUGGAGAUAGGCGUUUCUGGAAAGAGCAACCGAUUGCAUUCUGGAGAGCGCCGCCCUGUAACGCUUAG